GAGGGUGCCGCCACAACUCGACUACCAGUGCACCGGGACGGUACACCGUUUGUCUCUGUUGAACGCACCCCCCCUUUUUGAGCGCACGCACGCACGCCAUGAACUUGUUGACUACGGUGUUGUUGCUGUCGGCGGCCGUGGCCCAACUGGGACACGCGGUGCCCGCGCCCGGCAAGACGGACGCGGCCAAAAUCCAAAAGAACAUGGCCAAGACCAAGGGCAAAGCCAAAAAGACCCAAGAAGUGUUGCAAUUCGGAAACCAGCAAAACCGGCAGGCCGACACCAGGAACUACGCCAGGGCCGAGAAACGCCAGGACCCGGAAAGUCGUCACGACCCCGAACCGGUGCCUGAAGUGAACAACGCUCAGGAAAAUUACCCGCAAUCGGCCAGACACGAGAAAAUCGCCGACCUGUUUUACAACCCGGAUUCUUAUGGACACCAGACACUCGAUAUCGAUGACCGUUUCAAGAGGAACGCCUAUCACUUUGGGUCUCCGGUGAAAAGGAGUUAUUGGGCAUAUCGGCCGUACGUGGACAAUGGACGUGCAAAGCGUGACUUGAACAUCGAGCCAGAUGAUUUGUUGGCAAUGUUUUCACUCUGGGAAGCAGAACGCAGGCAAAAGGCUCACGACCAAUCCAGGGGCUCUCGGCAACAUUAUGGUCACAUGAACGAAUUCGACCCAGAACCUUACCUCGAAAAUGAAAUGACGGACGAAGAAGAUAAUGAAGAAAUUCCGGAAGGCUGGUUGGAAGGCCCGGUUGUGCCAGCUCCUGCUUACACCACACCGAACAAGUACUACGGCAAUAACGGGUUUUUGCGCAAGCAAAGGCAAGCUCAACACGGGCCCAAAAAUGAUUAUUUUCAGGGCCUCAGUCACCUCCAAGAAGAGCCACAAUACUUUAGAAUGCCAGACUAUUAUCGCCAUUACAACUUUUAAAUAAUAAAAUCACAUAAUAUAUUAUAUUAUAUUAUUAUAUAUGUAACUUCAGCCGUCUAUAAAUGAAAUCAAAAUCAGAGAGAAGUUCUACUUGUUUAUUAUUUAAAGUAUAAUAUUAAAUUACAUUGUUAACAGCUAAAUCAAAAUUAUACUAUCUUAAAAAUAUAAAAAUAAAUAUUUAUUAUAUUAUUUUAAAUGUGUGAUCUUAAAAACUAUUUAAGACAAAAUUAUACAAUUUUAACGUGUUGUCGUUAUUAUUAUUAUAAUUUUUUUGACAUUAGAA